GGUGGUUCCAAGAGCACGCCAGAGUGCUCAGAGCAGGCGACGGGACAGGACGGGACAGAGCAGUGCCGUGAGGAGCCCCCUCACAGCUCACUUGUUCGUGUCCGACCCGCAGCUUUUCUGAGGCGUUGUUCCUGCAGCUGACCUCGAGGCCACACCACAGCACUUGGUGACCCGUGGCCUUCCCGAGGCUUCUGUUCUGCAGUGACUGACAUGGAGAAGAGACCCCCGAGAGUGCCCAAGCUGGCCUGGGUGGAGGAGGAGGAAGAAGGCCCUGGAGCUGCACCAGCACAGGAGACCGAAAAGGUGGUGCCGUUCCAUCCACCGCAGGAGGAUGCAGCCCUGGACCACAAACAAGAGCAGGAAUCCACCCGUGGCCGCUUCUGCAGAGCAGCGCAGCUCGUUUGCAAAUUCAUCAAGAGCAUUCGGCAGGAAGAGACCAUCUCCAGGGGCACUGGGCUCAGAGAUUACUCAGAGGUCCUCAAACAUGAGACCAGUGCUGCCCUGCUGGAUUUGCUUGUGGAGAGGGGUGUUUUCAGACCAGAGCAAGUGCCUGCCAUGGUGAGAUACAUCCACCAGUGGCUCACGGCCAAUGAUUCUGCUGAGCACAGGCUGGACAACACCCUGCUGCAUCUAACCAAAGUGCAGCCAAAUGACGCAGUAAUGACACUCCUGCGUGUGGCCCCAUCCUGUGACAGAGCUGCCACGGCCAUGUGGAAGACCAUCAUGUGCUCACCCAGGACUGCGAAGGCGGUGCAGAGGAUUCUCCUGGAUGUGCUGGGGAGCUGGCCAGAGCACAGCACGUGCACCUCCGAUGGGGACAAAACGGGUGUCUUUGCCCUGGCUGCAACUGUGGUGAUGUGGAAGAUCCUCCAGGAGCCCCGUGUCCCACGUAUAGCGACAGCGUAUCUCCCCCGCCUAUUUGUGCAUCUGCUCUUCCAAGUGUUCUUCAGCACUGAACAGAUGCCAAAGAAGGUCCUUACCUUCUGGAAGGGAUGCCAGGAGCAACACGGCCUUGCCACCAGCCCCAACAGAUUUGCAGUGCGGACCCUGAAGUCCCUGCUGUGCCAAAAGCAGUACAAGGAUGUGGUGGUGUCAAUGGAACGCAGGUGUGGCUGGGACACGCUGCUCUGUGCUGACACCCACCACUAUGCCGUGGGUCUGCUGGCCAGGGAGAUGCGCCAUGCUUCUCUUGAGUUGUGUUCCAGUAUUGCACUCCACCUCCUCUGGCUGCUUAGCACACAGAAGCCACGCUGGGAUCUGCCUGCCCUGGCCUUCCUGGUCCUCGAGUGCCUAGAUUCAAGUGAAUGUGGUGACAGUGUUGUGGAGGUUUCAUCAAGGUACCUGCAGAGCGAGUGCAGGGAGAGGCGUCGCCUGGCGCUCAGGGCCCUUCUCGAGCUCAUUGACGAUCCCUCGAUGGAAAAUAGCCAGGUACAGCUGCUCUCCAUAAAACUCUUUCAAGACAUGAUGGGGUUUUUGGAAAAGGGAGAAAAGCCCUUGGAAAGGCCUGUGCACCAGAGCCUGCUGCCACUCUUCUUCCACUGCCAUGAUGAGAAUCAGCGUGUGGCAGAGGCUUCUCGGGAAACGCUGAUUUGUGUGGCCGAGUUUCUGAGAAGGAGAGAUCUCGAGAAACUGGUGAAAAAGGAGAAACUCUGGAUUUUCGCCAACUGCCUGGUAAGGACGGCCUGGAAGCCCCAGGCUCAGCCUGGAGAAGCCCCCUGA